AUGAAUCGCGACAGGGGCGGCGGGCGCGGAGCCUUUCUCGCCGCGGGUCGCCUCAGCCGGGAGUUCGCGCUGCUGAAGCGCCAGGGCGGAGUGCCGUACGUCGACAUUUGUCCCGACAUCGACGAUUUGCUCACCUGGCAUUUUGUUUUACACGACUUGCCCGCUGACUCCCCGUAUCAUGGAGGCGUCUACCACGGCAAGCUGGUAUUUCCUCCCAACUACCCGUUUGCUCCUCCCUCGAUCUUCAUGCUGACGCCGAGCGGGCGCUUCUCCGUUAACCAGCGACUCUGUAUGUCGAUGAGCGAUUUUCAUCCGGAGUCUUGGAAUCCUUCUUGGCGGCUGGAGACCCUCGUCACCGGAUUUCUGAGCUUCAUGCUCGACGCCGCAGAUCCUGCGACACAUGGCAGCAUCUCAACGAGCCACGCGCAGCGCCGGCGCUUGGCGCUGCAGUCGUUCGCUGAGAACAAACGCCACAAAAACUUCGCCACCAUGUUCCCCCAUUUCGUGGACGACUCGAAAUUCAACCCGUCGCGCGGUUUUUCGCUCUCAGGGGCGACGCUGGCGGCUCCUGCGGCAGCGGGGGCGGCGCCUUCUCAGCUUCCCUUUUCGUUGCCUUCUUUUGGCGGCGCCGCCCUCUUGCGAAAUGCUGCGGCGUUGUUUUUUCCGCGCGCAGACAGCGGGGGGGAGCCUGCGGCGGGGAGGCAGGAGUGCAGCACACCGGAGGAAAAGCGUAGCGAGGGCAGCGGAGAGGGGGGGAGGGGAGGGGCUGGGCGACUCAGAGAAGGCCUUGCUGCCUGGGAGCCAGGCUCCGCCGCGCGGCUGUCGUCGCCCGCCAUCGCCGUCGUCAUUCUCGUCGCAGCGAGUCUCGCGGCGCUGCUGAAUCGCUGGAUAGUCUGA